AUGGAUUCCUCUAAACCCCCUUUGCCUCGUCUGAGUACCAACAUUCCUCUGGAACAAGUUCCCAACCCUCUGGCAUCCAAGACCCUCCCAAAUGCUAACAUACCCUCGGUUAUCAUGCCCGAGAGGCCGGUUCGCCCAUCAUUGUUCGCAGAAGACAACCAAGAAGAGAAUGUGGCACCUACUGCGUAUGUUGCACAGCCAAAGCCCGUCUAUCUUGCCCUGAAAAGUGUGCCCGAUUCGCCUGUUGCAAAGCCCAUCACGACAAAGUACUACGACGACGCAUUCACAGCCCGUGGCCCAAGCCAUUCCCCAAAAGAUCGUGUUUCUCAGAAUUCAGUUGUCGUCGUGGAACUCAAAACCAAUAUCACGGCAAAGGAGAAGACACCCAAACUUCUGUCGGAUCUAGCCCUCUUUUUUGCCCAGACGUAUCAGUGUCCCGAAAACUCGGUUUUGGUCGCUUUCAGCGAGGAUGCUCUUUUGACGUUUGGCAAUACUCCAGACUCGGCCUACCUGAUCAAAAUCUCCGCUCUUCCUAGUCUGAUUGCACCGCUCACCAAUCAACGUAACACAAGCCUCAUCCAAACAGCACUACUGAAUCAUCUUGGAAUUGCACCAGACCGAGGUGUCGUCAUUUUUGUCGCGGUGGGCGAAGACAAUCUUGCAACAAACGGGGCUACUGCCAGGGGAGAGAUUAGUCGCCUUGAACGAAUUGAUCACGGCAACAGCCCCAGUCUAUUCAAGAGCAUCUCACGAUCGAUGAGUCGCCAUCUGAAGUCGAGCAGUGGCAACAGUGCUCCGAUGUCCCUCGCUGCUCUCAGCACUAUGGUUAGCCCCGAUGGUGCUGGAUCUCCAACCACCUUUCAGGAUUCUUCUGAUCUGCCUGACGCCAUUCGACUCCGAUCUUCUCAGUCGGAUACUGCAAAAAGGAAAGCUACCUCGAAUGCUGAGUCGCCAACAAUGAAGUCUCUCAACUUCGCAUCUUCCAACGAGGAAGCUCUCAACCAGGUGUCUUCCAAGGACGACAAAAAAGAGCAGAACUUGAAGAAGAGAGAAAGCCUGAAAAGCUUUGUCAACCGCCGUUUGUUCGAAUUGACUGGUCCAAGAGGAGCUUCUACACCCACACCCAAGCGAAAGAAAAACUGA